AUGUCUUCAGCAAUACUUCUCAAUUUUGUGGAUUACAUUUUAGAAAAGAAAUUAAAUGUUGAUGUUCUGACAAUGCAUUAUGACUUUUAUAUACUCCCAUUGUUAAAUCCUGAUGGUUUUGAGUAUAGUAUAACUCGGAAAUUCUAUUGGUCACCAAAUAGAAAGGUGUACUUUCCUAAAACAGCUUGUCCAAAAAAUGUUACAGCUUGUGGCAUUUCAUUGUCAAGAAACUGGUUCUUAAGUCCAGAUAUAGGUAAGUUAUUAUUAUUUUUCACUAGACAUUUUUUAGUGAGAGAUGAAGAAUGUGAUCCAGUUUAUUCAGGAUCCAAAUCUUUAUCUGAGGAAGAAACAUCUGGCUUGGCAAAGUUUCUGGACAGUAUUGCCCUAGAAAUGUUAGCGUUUAUCAAUGUAAGAGGAUUUGAAAACCUUGUAACAAUACCAUAUGGAUAUAGUAAUCAGCAUUGUAAUAACUAUCCUGUGUUGAUGGAUAUACUGUCAUCAGUGCAUGACAGAGUAAAUGCUGAGCACAAUAAGACCUUUUUCUAUGGGACUGCCAGUUCAUUUUUCUAUAACUUCACUGGCAAUGUUGCUGAUUGGGUGAAGAAGAAAUUAAACACACCCAUAGUGUACACUAUUUACAUGAAUUCCGCCCAUUACGUACUGCCAAAUGCAGAAGAGGUAGGACCUCGGACUGAUGAACUUUCAACUAUGAUGAAGGAGAUAGUACUCCUAGCUGGCAAUAUAUACAGUCCAUUAUUCAACAGUCAGGCCCGUCAUUUUAUUCAGAUCUUUGUUAUCACAAUCCAUAUUUCAAACAUUUUGUUAAUUGCAAUAUUAAAUGAAUUUGUUUUCAUAUAG